AUGGCAUCUCACUACUUUGUCAAACCAACCCUUCAUGAAAAAAAAAUCAAGGCUUACAAGAAGAAACAUUUGCAACAUUUGAAAUCAUCACCUUCCACCCCGUUGCCGAACGAUGAUAGAGACGAUUCCACUUUCAAUUACUCAAACUUACUCUACCCUAUCCAUCCUAUCCCCAUGGAUAUCUACAACUCUAUCCCUUCUCAAAAAUUGCAAAACUUGCCUUCUUCUACAAACCCCAUCAUCAGGAACAAAUAUUCCACCCAAGUCGAUUCUCGGUCCUACCUCACCACUUUUGAGUACAAGAUUAAUGGGAUCUCCAUCAUCUGGGACUACAACACCGGAUACGUUCAUCUCACCGGGAUUUGGAAAUCGUUGGGAAACUCCAAGGCCGACAUUCUAAAUCUUUUGGACAACGCUCCCGAACUUGAACCAUUCCUUAAGCGGGUCCGGGGAGGGUUCCUCAAAAUUCAAGGUUCCUGGUUAAAUUUCGACAAUUGUUAUAAGUUGGCGUGCAAAAUUUGCUGGGACAUCCGAUUCGCCCUUGUUCCAGUUUUUGGAGUCAAAUUUUUGGACGAUGUGUUGAAACCUGGUCAAUUGGGUUACGGAGAAUUGAAAUUGAAUUCUUACAUGCCUGGAGAUCCAAAUGACAAAACUAAUGAAAAUAAAAAAAAAAGAAAGAAGUUGCACGGUAAUCAAAAAGAUGGCGACAGUCCAGCAGAUAAACGAGUUUUGAAAAGAACCAGAAAGUCAAAAUCUCCAACCGUAACUUUGGAAAGCUCCAUCUCAUCAUCAUUAUCAUCAUUAUCAUCAUCAUCAUCUUCUUCUUCUUCGACCUCUCCAACAUCCGGAUCCCCACCAAUAACCACUGGUUAUCAUGCUACAUCACCAGACUAUUCUAAUGAAGAAUAUAGUCAAAUGAUUGCUGCCAGCAAUUCCCUCCGCAAAUUGAAAUACUCUUGCCUUCAAUCUUCUACGUCCGCUAAAAAGUAUAUAGGAUACAAACUUCCUAGCCUUUCUUCGUCGUCGUCAUCGUCAUCGUCAUUCUCUAGGUCAGUAUCUCAAAUCUCAUUUCCUACCACCGAUUCAGUUUCCUCGGAUGAUGAUGAAGAAUCCUCUCGGUUUUUCUCCAUGAGAUCGGCUAGUACUCCAAUCGUGCCAACCACUUAUUGUCCAAGUAAUUUGCCACCACUUCCAUCGACCACAUUGGAUACUUAUCCAAAUUCUGCCCCAGCUUCUAGUGGGGGUGCCGAGUAUGCUUAUCAACCAUUUUAUCGACAAAACACUCCUUCACCAACCCCAAAACCAAGCAUUCAACUCGCAUCAUCUACAAUGGGAUUGACUCCAUUUGGGCCGAGAGGUGACACUGCUAAUUCUAGUGCUUUGGGGUUUGCAUCAGAUUACCAUUGUGCCACCCAACCAUCACAUAUUAAUGAAACCCGCUCUUCUUCUUUGCAAAGUCUUUUGGAUGCUGCCGAUCGAUUAGCAUGCCAUUCUACCACCAAGGGUAAAAUGGAUAUUAAAGGGUUGAUUUCUUAG